GAGGCCUUAUCGGAGGCGCCGCCCACGGCCUAUAAUAGCUGGGCCGGCGUCUCCCCCUGACUAUAGAGUGGGCUGUGACUCCGUCAGACAUGUUUCGCGUCCUCUGCUUCCUCGCGGCAGUCGCCGCAGCCACCGCCUGCAGGCCCUGCACUUGUGGUGUAGCUAGAGGAGCUCGUGUCGUGGGUGGUGAGGGUGUGACUCCUGGAGAGUUCCCUUGGCUUGCUGCCCUGAAGAGAGACGGAAAAGUCAUCUGCGGAGCCACCGUAGUUGCUAGAGAUCAUCUUAUCACUGCUACUCACUGCGUUCAUGGGAUUGAAGCGUCACGGCUAUCAGUGCUCGUUGGUGAAUAUGACGUGAACAACUCGAGGUCUGACGGCUACGAGGUGAUCCACGUGGUCCAGCACCCUGACUUCAACAGAUACACCUAUGACUAUGACAUAGCUGUUCUAAGACUCGCUGAUCCGCUACCAGAUAGCCUAUUCAGACCUGCCUGUCUACCCGAUGCCGAAGAUAUAGAUGGUCUUGAAGGCGAGGAAGCCAUAGUGACAGGUUGGGGCAGCACAGUAGAAAAGGGGCCAGCUUCCAACAUACCGAUGAAAGCUGCCGUACAGAUCUGGGCCCAAGAGGAAUGUUCAGGCGCAGGCUACGGCCGCAGGAAGGUGACACCGCGCAUGUUGUGUGCGAAUGCACCCGAUAGAGAUGCCUGCACCGGCGACUCUGGCGGCCCACUGUUGGUCUCCCAGCCUUAUUUCACUUUAGUUGGUAUCGUCUCAUGGGGUCGUGGGUGUGCUAGACCGGGAUACCCUGGCGUGUAUGCUAGAGUUGGUCGUUUCUUGCCGUGGCUGCGAGUGGCCCUCCGUCAUGCCUGUACCUGUCAGCCACCAGCUUACGGCUGAAACUUAUGAGACUGACAUCGAUUGUAAAUAGUGACUAAUAAACAUGGCCAGUUUAUUACUACUAUGGACUAAGAUACUUUUAUUAAAGUAUACGUGACGUGUAAUGCAUCAUAAUCAUAAUACCUAUUUUACUUGCAUUUGGUUGUACCGUGAAUACUUUGAAUGAAAAUGCUCAUUCAAUCACUUCCAGUUUAUUAGCGCCCAUGCCAGCUUCUAAGAAACGUGCACAUAAGUGUGCUACGUAUAUGAAAGUGUACUUAGUCCGAUUUUAUACAAAAUAAAUGUAGGAACACCUAGGUAUUUUACCUUUGAAAUGGAGGCCGCCUAAACACUACUGUAAAUAAUAAGAAAAGUUGUUAUAGUUGUAUAAGUUCAUGUAGUUUUUUGCAACUUCGUAUAAAUCAGCAUAAUCCUAAAGGUCUAAGUUCGUCUAUGUAAAUGUUGUGGAUGAUGUAGCUAUUCCUUUACUGGAUUUAAGCAAAUGUCAGUAUUAAAGUUGUAUAAAAUCUAUCCGUAUUUUAGAGUAGAUUAACCCUAAUGGCUGUGAUUACCUUAAGAUUCUAUGUAUUGUAAUGUAGCUAAUUUAUGUACGUAUAACAAAAAUGUUAAAUAAAAAUUUGUGUAAGUACUAAAACAUCAAUAUUGUGUAUAGCAUAGAAAUCAGAUAGCAUCUAAUAAAAUCGCUUAAACAAA